AUUUAAUUGAAACAACUGUCAUCCCAAAUCAAUAAAACAUUUAAACUAAUUAUUUAUGCACUGAUGCAUGUAAAAAGAGCAAUUUGGCUUAAAUAGUAAAGAAAAAUUUGCAUUGCAACCAUGCCUUGUGAAAUGAUAACCCUCCAACUCGGCCAAUGCGGCAAUCAAAUCGGUUUUGAGUUCUGGAAGCGAUUAUGUGCCGAACAUGGAAUAAAUCCAGAAGGAAUUCUAGAAGAUUAUGCUACAGAAAGUAUAGACCGUAAAGAUGUGUUUUUCUACCAGGCUGACGACGAGCACUACAUACCCAGGGCCGUAUUACUAGAUUUAGAACCCAGGGUGAUUAAUACUAUACUAAAUUCGCCUUAUUCGAAGUUGUAUAACCAAGAGAAUGUGUUUUUAUCGAAAAACGGUGGCGGUGCAGGUAACAACUGGGCUUCCGGUUUUUCGCAAGGAGAAAAGCUCAGUGAGGAAAUUUUUGAUAUUAUCGAUAGAGAAGCUGAAGGUUCUGACAGUUUAGAAGGUUUUGUAUUAUGCCAUUCCAUUGCUGGUGGAACUGGAUCAGGAAUGGGCUCGAAUAUACUCGAAAAAUUGUCAGACAGGUUCCCAAAAAAGUUGGUUCAAACAUACAGUGUGUUCCCCAAUUUGGAUGAAAUCAGUGAUGUGGUUGUGCAGCCUUACAAUUCAUUGCUGACUUUAAAGAGAUUGACGGAAUCUGCUGAUUCUGUAGUGGUUUUGGAUAAUACAGCUUUGAAUGGGAUCGCUGCUGAUCGCUUGAAAAUUCAGAAUCCCACUUUUACUCAGAUCAACAGCUUGGUCAGUACGAUUAUGUCCGUUUCUACAACGACUUUGAGGUACCCAUCCUACAUGAACAAUGAUCUAAUGGAGUUACUGGGUCCUCUCAUUCCCACUCCCAGGUUACAUUUCUUGAUGACUGGUUAUACUCCCCUAUCUACAGAUACCGAUGAAGCCAGUGUAAGAAAAACCACGGUCUUAGACGUCAUGCGAAGAUUAUUACAACCCAAAAACAUGAUGGUGUCUACUGCGCAAGACAGGAGCUCGCAACAUUGCUUCAUUUCCAUCCUCAACAUCAUCCAGGGCGAGGUCGAUCCCACUCAAGUGCACAAAUCCUUGCAAAGGAUCAGAGAGAAGAAGUUGGCCCAAUUUAUCCCUUGGGGUCCGGCUAGCAUCCAAGUGGCUCUGUCUCGCAAAUCGCCCUAUAUACAGUCGGCGCAUAGGGUUUCUGGGCUCAUGUUGGCCAAUCAUACCAAUAUUAGUUCGCUAUUCGAUAGGGCUUUGAUUCAGUACGACAAAUUGAGAAAGCGCGAGGCAUUUUUGGAUCAAUUCAGAAAGGAGGAUAUGUUCAAGGAUAAUUUGUACGAGUUGGAUUCUAGCAGAGAGGUCGUUCAAGAUUUGGUUGACGAGUACGUGGCUGCUACCAAAGACGAUUAUUGUUUGUGGGAGAAAUAAAUAUUUUUUUUCAUUUUGUUAAAGACUGGACCGAUCGUUGCCAUACAGUUAUCUCUUUCCUUUGCAAGGGUGAUUUCAUUUUGGAAAUUAAAUUGUGUUACUCAAAUAUAUCAACUUGCCUUCUUUUUGUAAUUUAUUUGAUAUUUUUCCUUCUUGAAUUAAAUGUUUCCUUUUUUUAACGCUCUCCCCAUUUUGAAUUCUUUUGUUUUGACGUCUUAGUUUCGAUGGAUUUAAUGGAUUUUUUGCGUAUCUAUAAGUAAUCUCAUUAAUUGUGCCAGUGAAAUUAGUAAUAUUAAUUUAAUAUAUUUUCUCGAAUACAUACUUAGCGCCAUAAUAUAUUUAAUGUGUAUAUAAAUUAGAAAUGUGGAAUCGAUGGUUCUGUUUGUUUGAAUAUUAUGUAGUAAAAUAUUUGGUGUAAAAGAUAAAAAAUGUUAUUAUCUGAAGAAGAUUUUAUGGUUUUGUGUAUAUAGGGUGUCUCUAAAUAUCAUGUUAAUAUUGAAGGAGGUAAUUUCUUCAUUUUAUAUAAACAUUUACUCUAAAUUGAUUUUUUGUUAAAAAAUGCUCUUCGGAACUGCACUUGAUAAUUUUAAUGUAAUGUAAUUUAAAUUAUUCAGAUUUAGUAUAAUUAAAAAUAGGUUUAGACCGGUUAAAGGAUAAAUGAGUUAGCUAGAAUUGAUAUGAAACGUUUCAACUAUAAAAAAAAAAUACAGAAACGUAUCACUCCAUAAAAAAAUAACCAUAAAAGUUUAUACAAAUAAAUAUCAUAUCACCGUUUUUGGUAUUUAGGAAAUAUUUUUAUAUGUUACCCGUUAUACAUUUGAGGAAUCCUAAAUGUUUUGAUGUUAGCAGAACCUACACCGUCUAACACCGUACAGCUUUGAGUAGAAAUUAUGUAUAUUUGUGAUCCUAUCUAGUAAAUUAGACCAGAAAAUUACCUCCUUCAAUAUUGACAUGGCAUUUAGCAACACCCUAUAUUUUGAAUUAUUGAACCAUUGACUCAACAAACUAACUGGAUUUGUAAUCUAUAUAUUAUAUGUUACCUUUGAAUUAAUAUUAAAGUAUCUUUUUUAA